UGCCUAAGGUGAAUGGUGAUGUCAUCGCCUGUCAAAGCUGCUUUUUUAGAUUAAAAAAUUAAAAUUACAGUUACUUGAGUUUGGAAAAUAGUGACAGUCGAUCAUUCUCUUCGCGAACUUAAGUAAAAAUUAUCAUUUCUCCUCUCUUUAUUACCAAAAUCAAUGUAAAUUGAAUACUAUAUUUUUAUUCAAGGCCUUUACAUGUUUUUCAUCCUCUAAUUUUCUCUCCCUACCUAACUCGACAAAACUUUUGUCUCUCAUAAAAUCCCUUCUCCCUUUCACUCUCCUUUUUUCUCUUUUUGUUUCUCAACUCCCGCUGUGUGUGUCUUGAAAGGAAAGAACCGCAAAACGUCGCGCAUGUUACCACCCAACUUCUUCUUUGUGAAAAAUAAAAGUCAAUUUUCCGCAAACCUUUCCAACUAUAAUAAAAACGUUGAUUUUUCAUAAAAACUGAUUGCGCGCGACUACGAAUUAGAAGGAACGAGUUGUUCAAGUGAAUGAAGUGAAUUUAAAGUUUAAUCGACAAUAAGAGAGUGAGGUUGGGGUCUUAGACGAAGAAAUGUCGGUUUUAUAGUUUCCUACUGCAAGUAGGAAAACAACAUGUCGAGGAAAGAAGGUAACAAAAUGUUGGUUCACCAGUUAUCGUCAGUUUUGCCAGACGAUCGUCCGAUUACGGCCAUUAGUAUUGUUGAAGAUAUAGACAAAUGUCCGCCUAAUUUCACAGUUGUUUCAAGGACGCACGAUUUAGAUGCCGACGCUGAUUUAUGGCGUGAAAGUGGAUUGUUCAUUAAGAAAAAAAGUAGAUAUAUAUGUUUCUCAAAGACUGAAGGACUGCCACAUUGUGUGGUUGAAGAAAUUGCAAUAAUAGAUGAAAGGGAACCACCACCAAAGGGUUACAGCAUGAUUUCACAUACAGUUGAUACGAUGCAACGAGCUUGGAGAAAGAGACAACUAUGUUAUAAAAUGAAAAAUAAAGAUUUGUGCUCAAAAGCUAUAACGGACAUAAUUAUAUGUAGCAGAGUUGGUAAAAGUUCAAGAAGAGCGCCAUUUGAAUUCACCUAUGCUGGUCUGGUGAAUGGCGUCAGUCUUUGUUUCAAAACUGUCGAUCUGAAUACAAUUGAUCCAAGUUCCAGGCCUUAUGCAAAUAUAGAAUCGUUGACUAAUCCCUCGCCAAAUCCAUCAAAUGGAACUCCACACAGGGUGGCUCCGGAGAGACCGCCAAAACCAAAGUUUGCACCAAAACCACCAAGCAGCAUUUAUCCUCAAAUUAGUCCAGCAAGUCCGGCGAGUCCCGGUAAUCCCUCCGACGACUCAAUGGAUCGUGAUUAUGAAAUUCUUAAUCCAAAUGCAAAAAUUAAACCAACGAGACCAGCGCCACAACCACCAAAAUCACCUCUCGUUGGUUCUACUUCAAAUUAUGGUACAUUACCGGGAUCAUCUGAUCUCGACGGAGUUCCAUUCGCUCUCAAUCCACUUCUAUCGACCAGCAAAAAUCAGCUGAAAAAUAAACUUCCUGUGAUUAAAAUUCGUACUCGAGAAGAAAUGGAUAGAGCGUAUCACUACGAUUUUCGAGCGGAGAGAGAAACUUGAACGAUUCAAGAAUGUGCCAAAACGAAUUGCGUAAGCCUAUCGUUUCUAAGCUGUAUUCAUACUUCAUGUAUCAAUAAUAUAGCUCUAGCAAUGCAUAAUGGAGUGCCUGAUUAAUUAUUAUUGAAUGUUUCACAUCAUUAAAAUCCACAAAAGUGAAAUUUCAUUUUUCAACUUUUGCGGGGGUGUGAACGAAUUACGAAUUGCACGAUACAUGCGUUAUUCAACAAAACAAAAAAAACAAAAACAAAAUCUAUGUAUCUUCUUCCGUGCCCUAUUUAGAUUUUUAUACACCAGUGAUUAUGAGCAUUGUAUUUUUAUAGACUUGCGUUGUAUUUUUAUAGUUCGUAGAAAUUAUAUAUCUUGUAUAAUACGUUCUUGUUUAAAAAUCAUUAGAUAUUUAACAACAAAAAAAAAAAAAUGAAGAACACUAUCAUCUGUUCACGCCAUACGCAAAAUGUUCCUUCAAAUCGAAAACAUUUUCUCAAAUUCAUUUUUCAAUCCAUCCAUUGUCCAAAGGAUUGUUCUUUAUUUUUUAAUUCUUCGGUGCACUCUCAAUUAAAAUUUUUAAGUUGAAGAACUCGUCAACGAAUUAAAAAUUGGAAAAUUUGAAAAUAAGUUCCAAAAAUUCUGAUUUUAGAUAAUCAUUUAAUGAUUUCUGACUAAAAGGAAUAUUAUUUUUUAAAUUCAAGAUGAAAGAGAUCUUGCGAUUACGUGUUUAGAUUUAUUAUAUAGUGAGGGAUUUUAUAAGCAACGUUCAAUCGAUAUUAACAGGGCUCAAAAUGUAUUAAUUGUGAUAAAAAAUGUCCGCAUUACUUUUAAAACGUAUACGUAAAGGAAUCAUUCGAUUUUUUAGGAUUAAUAUUAAGUAAAUUGUCGAUUGAUACAAAACGAACAAAAAUUUUCAUUCACUGUUACUGUUUGUGGAUCAAAAUAUUAUCAGAUAAAAUUGUUAUUAUUAUUAUCAGCAGUAGAUUGUACUUUUCAGCGAAUGUAAUUUUCAUUUUAUGAAAAUUCGAUGGGAAUUUUCAACGAUUGAUAUUUAUUUUGACUUUAGAACGAUUUAAAAAAUAUUUUCCAAACUGUUUGGUUAUUUUUCAAAUUUUGAGUUUGAAAUGUAAAAACAUUUAAGAAUGGAAAUUACCAUCGAAAUUGAUUGUGGUUAAUGAAAAUUCGCAAUAGUAAAUUUUUUUCUCUUCAGCGAUUGCAAUUUUCAUUUCUGUAAUUUUUAUCGAUAGAUACAAACUGAAUUCGAUGGGAAUUGUCAACGAUUGAAAUUUGUUUUAAUUUUCGAACGAAUUGUAAAUAUUUUCCAAUUGUUUAAUUAUUAUUCAAAUGUUAAUUUGUAUUUAAAAUGCAGAACUAGGUUCUGAUCUUGCUAUUAUGGUGUUCUUUAAGGUACUCACAUCUGAUUGGAGUCCUUGAAUACAGAAUUGCAAUUCUCCAACUGCCGUUUUAAGUUGGGUUAUUUCUGUUACAAAGUCCCCCAAGAUUUUACGCAAAGAAGUUAUAUCUCGUUAAUUUAAUAAUUACUCUCUAUAUUUCAAUUCGUAUUUUUCUGUUCUUUAAAUUUACUACUCGAGCUAUGGAUAAUUUCCUUUCAUUUUAAACUGAAAAGGAAACUUUCAGUUCUCUCGAUUUUCCACAUUUCGUAAUUUUAAAUAAUUUUGGCGCAAGAAUUAUUCAAAAGAAAGUUUGACAAAAAUUAAUCAUUACUUUCGAUUUCACUCUAAUUUUGUUUCAUUGUUUGACUUUGUGUCAAUAAUCAAUUGAGAAAUUUGUUUUCUCGUAAUUAUUACAAAACUUUCCUUGAAAAUUGAAAUUUUCUAAUAAUUUCAUUGUAGAAAAUCACUUUCAGUGAGUUUUCUUCUUGAAGUGUUAAUCCUGAAUAGGAAUUAAUUUUUUAGGAAAAAAAUUUUAGAGAUCUCUGGUCUUGUAUUCUUAUUCUCAUUACAUUCCUCUGGAUUAUGAAUUAAAUUUCUAGUUGAAAAACUUAUAAUCCUCUUAAUUUUUCUGAUUCUGCUUACCCUUAACACGUUUGCCUUUACGCAAGUGUCACUUUAAUUAAUUAAUUAAAAGAUUUAUUUUUAAUUAAUUGAAUGAUUUUUCUUCACACAAUUAGGAACAUCAAUUGUAGAUAUGGUUAUUUUUUCAGAAAGUUCUCCAUCACAAUCAUAUCCCACAAUUUCAAAGCAUAAAAAACGAGAAAGACAAAGAGAAAACAGAAAAAAAUUUUAAUUGACCAUCGAUUGUAAUUUCGAUUAUUUUAAUUGUGUCACUAAAUUCCCAUUCUAUUCAUGUUAAAGCGAAAAUUGCAAUUGACUGCUUAAACUUUAUCAAAUUAGGAUUAUUUAUAGAAUAAUAUUUAUUCAAAUUAAUAUUAAUUAAUUAAUUCAUUAAUUUGGUCAUUCAAUUUAAUCAUAAUCUAUUUUUAUUAAUUAAUAUUGAAAGUAUUUGUAAAUUCGUCGACGAGUUCUUUGGAAAAUUGUAAUUUUAUCAAACUGUUAAACAGAAGAAUAAAAAAAAAAUGUUAUCAAGUGUGUAGGUGCUGCCAAUAUAGAUACGCGAAUUAUAUUUAAUCAAAUGUAUUCAGAUCGAUCUGAAUUCAAGCACUAAUUAUUAAUAUGAUAAAUUUACAAGUAAUUAAGCACGAGCAUUAUAAAAUGUAAUUUAUUCAGUUUUUUGUCAUUUUUUUCUCCUUUUUUGUAAUAUGAAUCAAGCGUUGUGGGAUUGUUUCGAAUUUUUAAAAAUCCGUUUUAAAUUUUCGAUAGGAGAUAAAUUUUUAUAAAGUGAGGCCUUUCUAUUAGAAUUACUUAUAUUACUGGAAUUAAGUGUUAAUUGCAAUGAAAUGUUUGCAAGAAUAUCUUGAAUAUUGACUGAUUUAUUAUUGAAAAAAAUUUGAUAUACUUUUAUUUGCGCGCAAAAUUUUAGGCAAUAAUAUUUGUUUGUCUGCAGUGAUUGUUUGUUUUUUUUCGUCACAAAAAAAAAUGUGUAUACUUAUAUGCCAUGAAAAAAAGAAAAGAUGAGAGACUCAAGGAAUACUAGCGAAAAAAUGUAGAGUGUUGUUUUUUGUAAAAGAUUUUUCUGGAGAAAGUGAAAAUGGUUCUUCCGAUCAGUCUUUGGAAAAAUCACAUUUGUACGUUUAGGAUAUAAAAGUUAUUAAUUAAUUAAUUAAUUAAACUGAUCGGGAACAAUGUAUUUACAACACAUACUUAUUCUCGAAAUAUAUUUAUAAAAUCACAA